AUGCUCGCAACCAGGUCGACCGUUCGUCUUGUAAGUGGUCACAUCUUACAAUGCAACCGAUACGAGCCUACCAUAUGUUUGGCUAAAAUGGGCAUCUUCCGGCCACUAAGCCACAUCUUUCGCCAAACCGCGACAUACCCGGGUAUGCGGACGCAUCACCGGCAAGUUUGGCGUUUCUCCCCACAGACACACACGGCCGAAUUACCUUGGGUCCUAGUCAUCCAUGUUGGUCAUGACGGCAACCUGCAAACCAGUCAACUGUGCUUACUUUGCCCUUUUCAGUCGAUCGUCAGCCCUACAAGGCGGCGCAUGCCGGACUCAGCCUCAGAUUAUUGGCGAGGAGUGGACAUAUUUGGCCCCCAACCCUCCUUAUUCGGCGGACCCUGUUCCUCGAUCACCGUGACGUUCGUUUCCCGGCAAUCUGAUUCGCAUGCGCCAUGCACUUCCUAG